AUGCCAACUUCCGCAACCAAACAAAGCCUGCGAGGUUUGACAAAGCAGACGGAAAGUUCUUGGCUUGGUUUGCAGGCCCUGCGAUGGAGAAGCCCACACUUGCUGGCAGGCCAACCCUGCAUCAAGGCAGCUUUGAGAACUGAUAACUCCUGGAAUCCUCCUCCGCGGCGAUUGACGGCGUCGUGCAUUCUAUUUGUUCUGUUUGCCCGCAGAGGUCUGCGGAGCUAUCGAGCUGCACGCAAAAGCUUGGGAGACAAGCGCAGCGAGGCCAUAGCAGAAGCCGCGGAAGCACAAGCUGCACGGGUGUCCCUUGAAGCUGCAGGUUUGCAGAAAGCGGAGGCUGCAGCUUCUGUGAGAUGGUUCUUGGAAAAUUUGCGGCGCAGCUCCACUGCAGACUGGAGGAAAGUUUUCAAGAACUGGGUGCAACGCCGCGGCGAAGGUGAGCCUGUCCAGUACAUACUCGGGAGCUGGCCUUUUCAUCCCCUCCCCACAGAGCUUUUGGUCCGGCCACCAGUAUUGAUCCCCAGGCCUGAAACAGAGGAGCUUGUGGAUCGGAUUAUCAAGCACUAUGGCAACUGCCACCCCCGGCGCUUGGUUGAUUUUGGCUCCGGAUCCGGAGCCAUUGUGCUUUCUUUGCUCCAUGCUUUCCCAAUGGCCACAGCCGUUGCUGUGGACCCUUCGGAAGAUGCCGUCGCCCUAACACGUGCCAAUGCGGCCAGGUGUGGCGUGGAGAACAGGUUGGAAGUUCGGCAUGCCUCGUCGGAAGAGUGGGCAAGCAUGUCCGGCAAAGCUUUCGAUCUUAUUGUGUCCAACCCACCUUACAUUCCGAGCCAUGAAAUUCCUGGCUUACAAGUUGAUGUUCGUGAGUUCGAAGAUCACGGUGCUCUCGAUGGCGGCCCUGAUGGCCUUUCUGUUAUCGCCGAAGUUCUUUGCAGUGCGCGGCGAGUUGGCUUGCCCGGUGCGCGCAUAUACUUGGAAGUGCAUCAUACACAUCCGGCACUCUUCGAGAGGUUUUCCGACGAGGCCAAGUCGGAACCGACAAAAGACGCGACUCAGACUCACGCAACAUUCUGCAAACAGAGUUCUGCAGUUUAA